AUGGCUUCCACUGACGGAACCGAUUGCGGAAUCGGAGCUAGCGGCGGAGGCCCGAUUGAAGCUGUCUUUUGGGUCAAAGAUGCUAUGACGCAGUGGAGGAUUAAGGGCAGGGCAUUUGUUAUUGGAAAUGAAAGCUGUGAAGCAAGCGAAUUGUGGUCGCGAGAGAAUAUUCAGCGAUGGGUACGACGUAGAGAAGGCAGCGCGGAAGAGGAUAUAACGAGAUGGACUUGGGAAAAGGAGAUUACGGCUAAUUUUGCGAAUCUGAGCCCCACGAUGAGAGGCUCUUUCAAAAACCCACCUCCUGGAACACCGAGAUCGGAGCCACCAAGUGAUCCUUCGCUCAAGCUUGGCCUAACAUUGGAUGACAUUCACGAUCCCGUGGCAAGGGCAAAUUUCCGUGUUGUUGUCAUUAUCCCUGAAGAGCCAAACGCAUUGAGAAAAAUGAAGACUCUGGCGAAGCUGGCAUCGCCAUUUGGGAAGCGACUGAACUUUGGCCCUGAUAAGAGAUGA